AUGGCGUCCAUCGUCAGUGACAUGUUUUCCACUACUGCUGCAGCAGCAGUUGUUUCAGCCAUAAAUUUGUCAAAUUCGUUUACGAACCUUAUGUUGAGCAAGCUUAUCAGCCGGACAAACAACCUGGCGCGUCUAUCAGUUUUAGAAAACUCAGCAAUAACACGCUGCCGUCAUAAGUCGUUCAAGAAAAGACUGCGGAAGAAGAAGUGCUUCUGGAUAAAGCCCGGACGAACCGACCUUUGGUGGCGCAAUAUAAAGGAAGACAGAUGUUUAGAAGAAGAUUGGAAGAAGAAUUUUAGAAUGAGCAAAGCCGAAUUUCUGAAGCUUGUUGACGAACUCCGACCCUUUAUUUCAACAAACCCCAGAUCCCCUCGGCUAGGAAUUUCAGCAGAAAAGAAGGUCAGUCAUUCAGAAUAGCGAAGAUUUGUUGAUAAAAUGUGUCCAUUUAUAUCUUUCCAUUCUAAGGCUUCCCACCAUGCAAAUGCAAUUCCAUCUAUUAACAAAUUUUAUGUUUUCGUGACUUUUUAAUAUUGUCACUGAACCCCCACUCCCACCCCCCUCGCUGAAUUUGACACCAAGUACUUAUGCAAAAUACUGUAUUGUUAGUUCAGUGUAAUUUUGUUCAAACCAUUCUUCCUCAAUAUCUGAAACUUGUUUAAUAUGUUCUAUACACUAGGUUGCCAUAACUCUUUACUAUCUCAAAGAUAGCGGAAGUGUGUUGAUGACUGCUAAUAGUUUUGGGGUUGCAGUCCCAACAGUGACAGUUACAAUACGUACAAUUUGUUAUGCUAUCAGUGAACACCUGCUACCUGAAUAUAUCCAUCUGCCACAAGAUGAACCUUCCCUUGAGAGAUUAAUUCCAGGCUGGGAGCAGAAGACUGGGUUUCCAAUGGUUGUUGGUGCAGUUGAUGGAACCCACAUCCCCAUCAUGCAACCAUACCGCAACUCACAAGAUUAUUGCUCAUACAAAAUGAAGUACACAAUCAAUGUGUAA